CAACCUUAAAUAAGCAAGAAGACGAGCUGCUCGGGCGGAACUUCUGUUUAGCCGCUGUUGUUUACGCACGGACAAGUUGCGAAAUUCCCAGACAUGGCAACCUGCACACGGACUGCGUGGAAAGUUUUAGCAGGAUGCCAGAGGCAGCUGCUGAUCACCGGCGGGCCCACCUGCACAGGUGUGCUGCAAACUGCACCCAGAAACACACCAGUCAGGACCUUCGCAGCCGUAAAGGCGCUAAAAAAAAACAAAAAAAAAGAAGAUGCACAGAAGGAGGUGAAGAAAGAGAAGAGGGUCAUUGAUGAUAAAGACAGGCACAAGCCUAUUGGGUUGACGGCGUGGGUGCCUGUGGAUGACGUGUACAUUAAGCGGUACUAUCCCCGGACCGUCCACGGCGCAGCCGACGCCGUCAACAUGCUGAAGAAAUUCCAGGCGCUGGAUUUCACCCCCCUCAAUCAGCCCGUAUAUGUUGAUCUGAAGCUGGACAUGAAGCUGGAGAAGAAGAAAACCGUCAGCCCCUUCGUCAGCACGGUGCAUUUACCCCACCCGUUCAAGAUGGAGAUGAACAAAGUUUUAGUUUUCACUGAGGAUCCUAAUCAAGCCAAAGUUGCCCAGGAGAGCGGAGCAGUGUUUGCAGGGGGGGUGGAGCUCAUUCAGCCUAUCUUGGACGAUGAGAUUUCAGCUGACUUCUACGUAGCCGUCCCCGACAUCCUGCCGAAGCUCUUAUCUCUGAAAAACAAGCUGAGAAAGAAGUUCCCGAAGAGCAAGAGGGGCACAGUCAGCACCAACAUUCCCAAGACGCUGGAGAUGUUUAAAACGGGUCACGAGUACCUGGUGGAGAGUGACUGCUACGUCAGGACCCAGAUAGCCACACUGGACAUGCCCAGUGAGCACAUCUUUGCCAACCUGCAGACCCUCGUGACUGACGUCUGUUCCCACCGACCAGCUGACAUGGGACCCUUCAUUGAGCGAGCGAUCAUCAGCAGCCAGACCAGUGAGGCCAUUUGGUUCAAGAGUGAAGAUCUUCUGCCGACAACGGAGGAAUAAACUGGUUCAGAUUGUGUAAAUAAAGACUGUACUGAAUAAAGUUUCUGACUGAC